UUACAUUGAAAACGAAACACAGAUCUCUAUCUUGCUCUCUACGAAAUCACCUGCUUUUCUACAUUUUCUAAGUCCGCCUUUUAUAACUUUGUAGCACCAAAGCAGUAAAAACACACUCACACAAAUACAACCAAACCAAACCAAACCAAACCAAAGCAAAGCAAUUUAGAGGAGAGAGAAAAAGCAAAAAUGAGCAGCAUCGGAACAGGCUACGACCUCUCGGUCACUACUUUCUCACCCGAUGGUCGAGUUUUCCAGAUCGAGUACGCUGCUAAGGCUGUCGAUAACAGUGGUACUGUUGUUGGCAUCAAAUGCAAGGAUGGAAUUGUUUUGGGUGUGGAGAAGCUUAUACAAUCGAAGAUGAUGUUGCCGGGUUCGAAUCGACGAAUUCACUCUGUUCAUCGUCAUUCUGGAAUGGCAGUUGCUGGAUUAGCAGCAGAUGGAAGACAAAUAGUUGCUCGUGCUAAGUCAGAAGCUACAAAUUAUGAGAGUACCUAUGGUGAAGCUGUCCCAGUGAAGGAACUUGCUGACCGCGUUGCUAGCUAUGUGCAUUUAUGCACACUCUAUUGGUGGCUCAGACCUUUUGGAUGUGGAGUCAUUCUUGGAGGUUAUGACAGAGAUGGACCACAAUUAUAUAUGGUUGAGCCUUCUGGAAUUUCAUAUAGAUAUUUUGGCGCUGCAAUUGGAAAGGGAAAACAAGCUGCUAAAACGGAAAUCGAGAAGUUGAAGCUCUCUGAAAUGACCUGUAGAGAAGGGAUCAUUGAAGUAGCCAAGAUCAUAUACAAGGUUCACGAUGAAGCAAAAGACAAAGCUUUUGAAUUGGAGAUGAGUUGGAUUUGUGAUGAGUCAAAACGCGAGCAUCAAAAGGUUCCUGAAAAUCUUCUACAAGAAGCCAAAUCUGCCGCAACUGCUGCACUGGAAGAGAUGGAUGCUGACUGAUAUGCUUAUGUGGGGUUUAUUAUUAUUACAGUCAUGUAUUCAAGUGAACAUUUCUGGAGUUUGGGAUUGGCAGUAAUUUGUAUUCACUUCGCGACAGCUGCCGAUGUAGCUGGCCCUUUAUUCCAAACUUUUUGAGCUUUUAGAAAUGUGUUUUUAGUUGAACUGCCAAAUUGUUCACCCCCUUGGAUGAGUUUAGUUUUUAGUGGUGAUAAUUUCUUAAUGAGAGGAGGUUGAACCCAAUUGCUUUGUACUCAUCUAUUUACAAAUAGCAUUAGAUGUUGAUGUUGAUGUUAAUGAUGUGGGUCGAAGCAGUGCGACAUACUGAAUGCACGACAUAAUGUUGAAAACCAUUAUAGCCCA